GCCAGGCCCGCGCUUUGUUGAGAAGGCGAGGGGGAGAGGCCCUGCGGUCCUGGCGCGCCGCGCGGCGGGACGCGGCGGGCGGGGCGGGGAUGGAGGUGGGAGCGUCCGCUGCAACGGUUGGGGCUGCGCGUGAGAAGGUGGCUCUGUAGGCACCGGAGCUGUGGGGAAGCCGGCGGCGGCCGGCCAUGGCGGGAGACCCUCUCCUCUGGGAUCCCUGAGUGUGCUCCCUCCAGUCCCGGGGAGCCGUGGCUCAUGGGCUCGCUGAGCAGCCGAGUUCUGCGCCACCCGGUGCGAGCCCGAGCUCAGCAGGAGCCGGGGGCCGGGGCCGGGUGUUCUGCUCGAAGGCCGGAGCCUGGAGGCGAUGCGUCCGGCCACGGCUUCUUUUACUACCCGGUCAGCCGCAAACGCAAGCAAAGCAGCGGGGCCUUCUACUAUAGCCCCGACUCUGAGACCGACGAGGAUGAGGAGGAAGGAGACGAGCAGCAGCGGCUCCUCAACACCCCUCGGAGGAAAAAAUUAAAGAGUACGUCCAAAUAUAUUUAUCAAACUUUAUUUUUGAAUGGUGAAAAUAGUGAUAUUAAGAUUUGUGCUCUAGGAGAAGAAUGGAGCUUGCAUAAAAUAUAUUUAUGUCAAUCUGGCUACUUCUCUAGUAUGUUCAGUGGUUCUUGGAAAGAAUCCAGCAUGAAUAUUAUUGAACUGGAGAUUCCUGACCAGAAUAUUGAUAUAGAAGCACUGCAGGUUGCUUUCGGGUCCCUGUAUCGAGAUGACGUGUUAAUAAAGCCCAGUCGAGUUAUUGCCAUUUUGGCAGCAGCAUGUAUGCUGCAGCUGGAUGGUUUAAUACAGCAGUGUGGUGAGACAAUGAAGGAAACAAUUAAUGUGAAAACUGUGUGUGGCUAUUACACAUCAGCAGGGACCUAUGGAUUAGAUUCUGUAAAGAAAAAGUGCCUUGAAUGGCUUUUAAAUAACUUAAUGACUCACCAGAAUGUUGAACUUUUUAAAGAACUAAGUAUAAAUGUCAUGAAACAACUCAUUAGUUCAUCUAACUUAUUUGUGAUGCAAGUGGAGAUGGAUGUAUAUACAGCUCUAAAAAAGUGGAUGUUUCUUCAACUUGUGCCUUCAUGGAAUGGAACACUAAAACAACUUUUAACUGAAACAGAUGUCUGGUUUUCUAAGCGAAAAAAAGAUUUUGAAGGUAUGACCUUCCUUGAAACUGAACAAGGAAAACCAUUUGUGUCAGUAUUCAGACAUUUAAGGUUACAGUAUAUUAUUAGUGAUCUGGCAUCUGCAAAAAUUAUUGAACAAGAUUCUCUGGUACCUUCAGAAUGGCUGUCUUGUGUGUAUAAACAGCAGUGGCUUGCUAUGCUCCGAGCAGAACAAGACAGUGAAGUGGGGCCUCAAGAAAUCAAUAAAGAAGAACUAGAGGGAAACAGCAUGAGAUGUGGUAGAAAGCUUGCCAAAGAUGGUGAAUACUGCUGGCGGUGGACAGGUUUUAACUUCGGCUUUGACUUACUUGUGACUUACACCAAUCGAUACAUCAUUUUCAAACGCAACACGCUGAACCAGCCAUGCAGUGGAUCUGUCAGUUUACAGCCCCGAAGGAGCAUUGCAUUUAGAUUACGUUUGGCUUCUUUUGACAGUAGUGGAAAAUUAGUAUGUAGUAGAACGACUGGCUAUCAAAUACUUACUCUUGAAAAGGAUCAGGAACAGGUGGUGAUGAACUUGGACAGCAGGCUUCUGAUGUUCCCAUUGUACAUCUGCUGUAACUUCUUGUAUAUAUCAUCAGAGAAAAGAACUGAAAAUAAUCUUCACCCAGAAAAUCCAGAAAACUGAGGAUCUCAUCGGAGGGAAACAAUAGCACUUUGAAAACUUUUACAGGCCAGCUUAAUUUAAUGGCCCUACUGGUAUCCACACCUAAGGUGACUAACAAUGACAAAGGCCUUACGAACUGUACAGACAAUAUAGGAGAUUAUCCCUACCCUCAUUACAUCUCUAUGCAUAGAUGAAAAAAGCAUUUUAAAACCAAGAAAGUAUCUGUCAAACCGUUUAUGUUAUAAAGAUGUCAGGUCAUAAUUUAGCAUCAACACAAAACUGCUGUAGGUGAAUUUCCCAUUUCUCUGCAACGAAGUAAAAAUUUCGUUUUUCGCUUAAGCUUUGAACCUGCUUAAUGUUGGUAAAUCUCAUUUACACAUCUGUAAGUUUAUUGUUAUUUGGCUAAAAGAAAGCUGCAGGAAUAAUUUGAAUGGCAAGUUAGAAAUACACUUUGAAAUGAUGUGUUAGAGCGCUCCUUUCAUUUCCACUGCGCAUUAUGAUUUUUUCGUUUUAGUCUAUUAUCUUUCCAGGAUGUUAUUUUUAUUAGUUAAGUACUUUUUUUCAUGGU